AGAGAAGGCAAUGAGUAGCGGUGGUAUUUAAUCUCUAUUAUUUCGUUACUACCAGGAUUGUUCCAGAAUCCUAUCGAUAUCUCCAGAGUCAAGCUGCCCUCUGCACAGCGUACGUACCUGGGUAGUCGCCCUCUCCUGUAAGGAUCGGCUAGACAUUAUUCCGUCAUAUCCUCAGCGUCACUGUUUUAAGUGUUUACCUUUCACUGUUCAGCGUUCUUUCUUCUGCCUGCACGUCGAAGCAACGAGUUUCCAGGAUGAUUUGAUGCCAACAAGCUCACAAUGGCCACAGUGCGAAUCUGCGUCUGCGGUGACGAAGGGACAGGCAAGUCCAGCCUGAUCACCUCGCUCGUCAAGGGCGUCUUUGUGACGAACAAGAUCCAGCCCAUUCUGCCUCAGAUCACGAUCCCGCCGACGAUCGGGACGCCAGAGAAUGUGACGACAACGACGGUGGUGGACACGUCGGCGCUGCCGCAGGAGCGCAGCAACCUGGCCCGUGAGAUCCGCCGGGCGAACGUUAUCCUGCUGGUGUAUUCGGACCACUACAGCUAUGAGCGGGUAGCGUUGUUUUGGCUGCCGCAUUUCCGGUCUCUGGGCGUCAACGUGCCCGUCGUACUGUGUGCCAACAAGGCUGAUCUGGCCGCCGAGCACAGUGAGGCCCAGGUCAUUGAGGAGGAGAUGCUGCCCGUCAUGGCCGAGUUCAAGGAGAUUGACUCGUGCAUCCGGGCGAGUGCCCGCGAACACCGAAAUGUCAACGAGGCGUUUUUCCUCUGUCAGAAGGCCGUCACGCACCCGAUCGCGCCGCUGUUUGAUGCCAAGGAGUUCGCCCUGAAGCCCGCCGCCGUCGCCGCCCUGCAACGCAUCUUCUAUCUGUGCGACAAAGACCGCGACGGAUACCUGUGUGACCGCGAGGUGGAGGAUUUCCAGAUGCGCUGCUUCGGCAAGCCGCUGAGCGCGGAGGACCUCACCCACAUCAAGGAGACCAUCCAGAAGACCCUGCCAGAGUCUGUAACCGCAUCGGGGAUCGACUGCCCUGGCUUCCUCCAUCUGAACAAGCUGUAUGCGGAAAAGGGCCGCCACGAGACCGUCUGGAUCAUCCUCCGGGCUUUCCAAUACACGGACAACCUCUCCCUGCAAGAAAACUUCCUCCAUCCGCGGUUCGAGGUGCCGCCCUUCGCCUCAGCGGAGCUGUCGCCGGAGGGGUACCGGUUCUUCGUCAAUUUGUUCUUGUUGUCGGACAAGGACAACGAUGGUGGCUUGAACGACGCCGAACUAGCGUCGCUCUUCGCCCCGACCCCCGGUCUGCCGGCCUCCUGGACGGACGGCUCGUUCCCCUCAUCCACAGUCCGCAACGAGGCGGGCCAUGUCACGCUGCAGGGCUGGCUCGCGCAGUGGAGCAUGACGACCUUCACGUCGCCCAAGACGACUCUUGAGUACCUUGCCUAUCUGGGGUUCGAGCCCUCGGAUCGCAGCAACCCGUCGACCACAGCCGCACUGAAAGUCACCCGGCCCCGAAAACGACGGCGGCGGCCGGGGCGAGUAGGCCGCAACGUGGUGCUGUGCCAUGUAGUCGGGGCGCCCGGGUCUGGAAAGUCGGCGCUGCUGGAUGCGUUCCUGUCGCGCGGGUUCACAGGCACGUACCACCCGACGAUCCAGCCUCGGACUGCGGUCAACACCGUGGAAUUACCAGGCGGGAAGCAAUGCUACCUGAUUCUCGAUGAGCUGGGCGAGCUGGAACCUGCGAUCCUGGAGAACGAGACCAAGCUGCUGGACCAGUGCGAUGUGAUCGCCUACACGUAUGACUCGUCCGACCCGGACUCGUUCGCAUACAUCCCCACGCUGCGAGCCAAGUACCCGCAUCUCGAGGAGUUGCCGAGCGUCUUUAUCGCGCUCAAGGCCGACCUUGACCGCACGACACAGCGUGCCGAGCAUCAGCCGCACGAAUACACCGCGCGCCUCAACAUUCCCUCCCCGCCGCUCCACGUCAGCGUCACCUGGACCUCCAUCCAGGAGCUGUUUGUGCACAUCGCCGAGGCCGCCAUGGAGCCCAGCUCCACCUUCCCGCGCACCGAAGAGGACGUCCAGGGCAAGUGGAUGGCCUGGGGCAUCGCUCUCGGCGCCGUCGUCUGCGCCAGUGCCGCGGCUGUCAUGAUCUGGCGCCGGGUGAGCACCAGCAGCGGCUGAUUAGUACCUAUGUAGUAUAGAUGUAAUGAUACCCUGAAAAAUAUACAUUUAAUGGCUCCCUGUGAUCAACUACACUCGCUAUAUAUCUACCUCG